GCCAUCUGUGCUACACAAAAACAAGCGAUUCAGCACUCAGGCGAAAUGUUGACGGACUUCCAGUAAUCGUUUUUACUGGCUUGCUAGAGCUAAGACCUACAGCUGGAGCCCGUGGGUGUGCUCGUUUGUUGUUUCCGUGGGAACGGGCUCGCUCAGAGAAGAGCAACUCGGGAGUUAACCCGCCCGUAUAUCGGCGUCCAUCUGCUGACACGCCUGCAGCAACGAGGGGCGACUUCGGCUGCUUUUUGAAAACAAACUGCCGAAUUCCACCGCGGUCAUCCGUGGCUUUCUCACGACUAUCAGCGCGCGACGGUCUCCCUCGACGAUAUUCGGUGUCGUUUAGCAAUGAUAUUCUGCCUGACUGUGCAGAAACACGUUAUGUACUCCCUAUAGAAGAAAGGGGAAUAAAUAACAGUUUUUAAAAGUAUUCCUUAAGUACACUUUCUGAACUGUAUCCCUGGUAGAGUACUUUAAAGUGCACUUUUACUUUACUUUCCAGAAACAGAUUUUAAAAAGUUUAAAGUAGGCCUACUUGAAGUAUAGCAACCAAUUUAGGAUAGCCUACAAAGUUUAGAAGACGCACAUAAGUGGUAUACUUAAGAGUAUAGUUCCAGGAAAUUGGUUCAUUUAAAGCAUAAAAUAUUUAGUUUUGUAAAGUACUUAAAAAUAUACUUUAAAAACACUUGAAAAUAAACUUGAUAUAGGCCUACUAAAGCAUACUGGAAGAAAAACGAUGUACUACUUUUUUGUACAGAUCAGUGGAAUCCAUAGACACACCUCGAAGUUACUUCGUCUUGCUGCGCCAUACUGAUAGGGAAAGACAACAGUACAAUCCUGACGUCAUUCAAGUCAAAAAACUGUUGUUUUCCCGAGCUGUACAGUGUCAUGUUAGGGUUAAAGUAAAGUGACAAGCCAGCGUGGUGAAAGGCAAGCAUUUGUGGACGGGACUGAAAGAAGCGCGCGCGAACUUGCCCAGAAAAAAGCACGUGUUUGUUUUCUUCAUGCAAUGUGCAUUUUCAUCCCUCGCCCGCCAGCUGGUCGAUUUUUUUUUCCCAUUUUCGGGCUUGGCGCGUUUCCUCACGCAGUAAAAGCGAGCCACAUCUGGGGAUCCUCUCGCUACAGUUUACUCAGUUAGUUCCAACUUCUCAUAGCUGCUCCCUUGGCAGGACCCCAUGCUAUUAUGUUUUUUUCCGAUUCGCUCUUUCAUCAGCGAACCACGUGAAUUAAUAAAAAAUAAAGAAUGUAACCACCUCAUCCAGCGCUACGAUACACUGGUACAGUACAUGAUGAGGUAUCAGCGACGCAUUUAUACGCCUUAAAAGGCACAUCGGAGACAUUUUCAAGUCGCUUGGACCUCGUCCCAGAUAUCCAAAAUGUGAUCUAUUCUAGUCCAUAAAAGCAAGCGGCGGGCGUUAUCUGGCUGGUUGGCAGGCUAAUUAUUUCUGUUGCGCGUGUUAAUUUAUGGACUUAUGAUUAUUCUUGUUUUCUGGCAUGGGAACAGAUUCCGCGCGAUUGCAUCACGGUAGAAAUAUGUGUUGGCAGCGAACCGCGAAAGGGAACCGAAACAAGAGUGUACACAGAGUUGAGGGUUAAAAUCGGCGGAGAAAGUUUUUGUCCAGAGUGUCCAGGCGUAGCACAACUGCAUGUUUUUCGGCGGGGUGAAUUUUACAGAAAUAACAUGAAGGCUGCGAAGGGGAGCGUUCGAUGGGACACGCAUUCGGCUCCUGAAUAAUAGGUGUUUCUCCUCACCCGACCCAUGACGUUAUCGCCUCUGAAAGCCGUCGCCAUGGUACCCCUGGCCCUGCUGGCCUGUCUGCUGCCUCUCGCCGCCCCUGAGACGGCCCCGAACUUCGGCAAGAAGGGCCGAAACUUCACCGUGCACUCCUCUCAGCUCGUCUGCAGCCUGCCGGGCCCCCAGGGGCCGCCGGGGUUUCCGGGGGCACCGGGGUCCCCCGGCCCCGUCGGCAAGAUGGGGCUCCCGGGGAAGGACGGGGCAGAUGGGAAGGAUGGAGAGAGAGGGGUGAAGGGGCACCCGGGGGAAGCCGGGCGGCUCGGUAACCCAGGGAAACCGGGGCCGAUGGGCCGGCAGGGCGUGGUGGGCAAGGCGGGGCCCCGGGGCCUGAAGGGGGUGCGCGGGGCCCCGGGAUUCGCCGGGACGGGCGGGGCCAGAGGCGAGAAGGGCGAGGACGGGGAGGGCGGCCGCGCCGGCGGCUGCAACUGCGGCAACAACAUGGCGCGGUCGGCCUUCUCGGUCGCCGUGACGCAGAGCUACCCGAAGGAGCGCCUGCCGAUCCGCUUCAACCGCAUCCUGCUGAACGAGGGCGGCCACUACAACGCCAGCGACGGCAAGUUCGUCUGCGCCAUCCCCGGCGUCUACUACUUCACCUACGACAUCACGCUGGCCAACAAGCACCUGGCCAUCGGCCUGGUGCACAACGGCCAGUACAAGAUCCGGACCUUCGACGCCAACACGGGAAACCACGACGUGGCGUCGGGCUCCACGGUGCUGCGGCUGCAGCGCGGGGACCAGGUCUGGCUGCAGAUCUUCUACUCCGAGCAGAACGGCCUCUUCUUCGACCCCUACUGGACCGACAGCCUCUUCACCGGCUUCCUCAUCUUCGCCGACCAGGACUUCCUGAACGAGGUGGAUCAGAAGGCCAACGCCGAAGCCACCUGACCCUUUAGCGUGGUUUGAGUAAGGAGGCCGUUACAGUUUCCGUUGGAGACCGAGGACGUCAGACUCAUUUACAUUUCGGACAUUUUGCAGACUCCCUUAUUCAGAACGACUCGCACAGCUUGGAUUUAAGGCCUUUUAUACUGCUGGAUAUUUACUGAAGUGAUUCAGGUUAAGUGUUUCACUCAGUGUAACUACUGCAAUGCCCCCACCUGGGAGUCGAACCUGCAGCCCUGGAGUUGUGAGCUCCCUAAACUUUAUGCUACGCUGCCAGUCGCAGAAGACUCCAGUCCUGGAGAGCUACACUUCCUGUGUGUUUCCUCACGUGAUUUAUUCAAGUCACUGAUUGACUGGGAUGACUCCAAGCACCUUGUUUUCAAGGCCAGAAA